AUGUCAGAAAAAAAAAAUAAGCAAGAGAAAACUAAUAAUCAUUAUAAAGUGAAAUAUUCUGGAAAACUAUUUACUAACAAUCUAAAUAUGAAAAAUUAUAAUUUCAAUGAAAAUAAUCAAAAUGACUUCACAACGGCAGAAGCAGCAUGGAUAGAAAAGAAACAAAAAUUAUAUAAAGAUGCAAAUAAUCAGCCAUUAUGGCAUUUUAGAAAAAUUCAAAUUAACCCAACCGAUACAGAUGAAUUAAUUAGCUUUCCUUCCAAUAAAGUAUCAUCCAGUAAAUAUAGUACAUAUUCUUUUAUAUUUAAGAGUUUAUAUGAACAAUUAUUACGUUUACCUAAUAUUUGGUUUUUAUUAAUAUCUAUAUUAGAAUUCAUACCUACUUAUCAAAGCUUGACUAAUUAUACGUAUUAUUCAAAACACUCAUCAAUAUUUUUAUUGGUAUUCUUUAUGUGUAUAUCUAUUAUAAAAAAUAUAUAUGAAGAUUCGAGAAGAUCUAAUAUAGAUUAUCAAAUAAAUAAUAGGUUAUGUCAUAUUAUAGAUGGCCAUAAUUCUCAAUUAAAAGCAGUUCGAUGGAUGGAUUUAACUGUUGGUAAUAUAGUUCGAUUAAUAGAAAAUGAAGAAGUUCCAGCAGACAUAAUUUUAUUAAGUUGUAAUAAUACUGAUGGAUUAGUUUAUAUUGAGACUUCUCUAUUAAGUGGAGAAACAAAUUUAAAUAAAAAAUACUGUGUUAAUGAAACUAGAAAUGAAACAUCUAUAUAUGGAAUAUGUAACAUAAAAGGUAGAAUAAUUUGUGAAAAGCCUGAUAGUAAUAUGGAAUCAUUUAACGGGUCAUUAAAGUUAGAUGCUCAUCCUCGCGCUACCUCUUUAUCAAUUAACAAUGUUGUUUUUAAAGGUUCUCAUAUAAAGAAUACAGACUAUAUUUUUGGUGUUGUAAUAUACACGGGAAUUGAUACUAAAAUUAUGAAAAAUACUUUAAAAAAUUCUUAUAAGUUAGGAUACGUUAACAAAGAAUUAAAUUUAUAUACCAUUAUUGCUAUAUUUUUUACAUUUAUUUGCGUUUUUAUAUCAGUAUUAUGCAAAUGGACAGAAGAUGAUAAAUUUAAAAAUGGCUCUCAUUUUUUUUUAAUAACUGUGAAAGAUAAUUUAUUUGAAUCAAUUAUAAAAUAUAUCCUAUUAUAUUCAAACAUUAUUCCUAUUAGUAUUUUAAUUACUGUAGACUUAAUUUCAAUCUUACAAAGUUUAUUAAUAGAAAAUGACAAUCGUAUUAGUACUUUUGAAGAUGAAUCAUCAGAACCAUCUAUCAACGAUGAAAAUGAAAUUGUAGAUUUAAGAAUGAAGAAAUCAUAUAAUUUUUUUAGAAAAUAUACACUUUUUUUAAACAAUUUUAGUAGAAAUUUUCCUAAAAGUAAGCACUCAUCUACUAAUACAGAAGCAAAUUCUGAUAAAAGAAAAAGUUUCAUAAGUAAUUUUGAUAAAUUAAAAACAAUUAAAAAUUAUUUUCUUAAUGAAAACAAUUCCAAAUGUUCCAAUUUACAAACAAAUACUGUUUAUAAUAGGAGCUCUGUUGGGGAAAGUGAUCAUAUUCUAAAAAACAAAAAGAAUAGCCUUUUAGAUAAUAUAAGAAAUAUUUUUAAAAAAGAAAGUGUAAAAGUGAACUCCAAAUCAACUGAUAAUAUUAUUACAUGCAGUCAAGAAAAAUAUGAUAACAUAAAUUCUGUAAGGAAUUUAUCUGCCUAUAACUCUUGUUUCAAUGAAUCUGAUAAGAAUGACGUGCUUUCUAAAGAAUAUGAAGAAAAAAAGAAUAUAAAAGAAAAUGAUAGUUAUAUAAAAGAAAAAGAAUAUAAAAAUAGGAAAAUAACAUAUAAUAUAAAUAAAGGUAAUAAUAAGGGUAUUCUCAUAAAUAAUAAAGAUUUUCAUAAAAAGAAAAAAAAUAUAUUUAAUAUAAUUUUUCCGUUUUUACAUAAAAAAAAACACGAAAACGGUACAUUUCAUAGUAUAAGCCGAUUAGAAAGAAAAAAUGCAACAAAUAAAUAUGAUAUAUCUGAAAAAAAAUCUGUAAUAAAUGAUGAUGAUUGUGGAUGGGGGAUUUGCUUAAAUUCUAAUAUGCAUGGAGAUUUGGGAAAUGUUGAUUUUAUAUUUACAGAUAAAACAGGUACCUUAACAAAUAAUGAUAUGUCUUUUAACAUGUGCUCUAUAGGAGGAAGAACAUAUGGAAAUAAAAAUAAAAUUAAAAAAAUUAAAAAUUAUGGAAAUAAAUUUUCUACAUAUAAUAAGAAACAUUGUUAUAAUAAUGAUACUGAUAAAAAAAAAAAUUCAGAAGAUGCAUCAUCAAAAAAAAUAUCAUUUGCCGCACAUACUAAUAAGUAUUAUUUAGGAACUCAUGAAAUAAAUGGAAGGAGAGAAAAAGAUGAUCAUAAAAAAGAAUUCAUUACAGAUAAGAGCGAACAUGAAUAUAACAAGGGUUCCACUCAAGAAAAUCAAAUUAAAGAAGUCAAUUAUGACAAAAUUAAUAAUAAUGAUUUUGACAAAGAAAGCAUUAAUGAUAAUAAUAAAAAUUGUCUUAUUUAUAAAUCAAGCUCUUCAUGGAAUUAUAAAAAUAAAAAAUUUGGUUAUAAAAAUGGUAAUACUUUUAAUAAAUACCCAUCCUUACAAAAUUCUUUAACUAUAUCCUCAUCUUUAUCGUCAACAUAUUCCUCUUUUUCAGAUGAUUUUAAUUCAUCUAAUUUUUAUUCAUCUUCUAAUUUCGAUAAUUUUGAAAUAAAUAAUGAUAUAAAUAGCAAUAAAGCAUUUUCUGAAAAUACAGAAAAAAACUAUUAUGUUCAUUUGAAUAACUUAAAAGAUGAAAACAAAUGGGAACAAAAAGUUUAUUAUAAAGAUGAGAAUGUGGAAGAAUCAAAUAAUGAUUUCUAUUUUUUUGAUACAAGUUACCAAAAUUACAUAAUGCAACAAAAAUUUGUAAAACCUAAAAAUUUUAGGAUAAAUAUGAACUCAGAUUCCAUAAAAUCUAGAUGCGAUUUUAAUGAUAAAAGAAUAUACGAUGAUUUAAACGCAAAUAAUUGGAGAAGUUAUUAUAUAGAUGAAUUUUUUAAAUGUAUAACUUUAUGUAAUGCUGUUACACCUUUUAUUCAAUUUGAGUAUAUAAGGAAUAAGCAUUCAAUACACUUUCCUUCAAGAAGUUCCAAGGGUAUUUCUAAUAAUAUGGACAGGAUUAAUAAUCCAAAACAAUAUUCUAAUGACUUAAAUAGAAGCAAAAAUGAUAUAAAUUUUCAUCAAUUCAAUGAAUACAUUUUUGAUCAAGGUAUUAAAACAACAAAAAAAAAAAUUUUUGGUGAAAAAAUUGAUAACUAUGAAGAUAUACAAAAAAUGAGAACUAGUAAAAUGAAAACAAAUGAAAAUACAAAAAAUUUAUAUUAUCACAGUUCUAUGGUUAAUUUAAAAAAUAGGAAUAACAAAAAAAAUAAGAUGAAAUCAAAGUUUUUUGAUAAAAAUUAUAGAAAAAAAAAAAAUUCUACCUCUUGUAAAAAUGCAGAGAUUUGUAAAGAAAUAGAGAAAAAUGAGGCAAAUGGAUGGAAAAAAUACUUAAAUAUAAAAUCAAAUAAAAAUCAAUUAUCGAAAAUGAAUAAUGAAAAAGAUGGUUCUUUGUUUUCAGUGAAAAGGCAUAGUGCAGUUUCCUUUAAGCAAAUAUCAAAAGAGAAAUCAUCAUUUUCUAAUAGUUUUAUAUGCACUAAAAGCAAUAAUAAAAGGCAAAGAAGUGAAUCUCGUUAUUUAAAUGAAAAAAAUUAUUAUAACAUAUUAUCUUUAAGUGAACAAAGCAAUAUAGAAUGCGAUGAAAAAUCUCCAAAAAAAAUAGGAAAAAACUAUGGAAAAUUUGAAUGUGAAUUAGAUAAAAAAAAAGAUACUAAACACAUAGACAACAAUGUAACAGAAUCUAAUGCAUAUUUAGAUGCUAUAAAAUAUCAAUCGAGUUCAUUAGAUGAAGAAUGCUUAAUAUAUACCUCCAGUUAUUUAGGUUACAGACUUGUAUUAAGAAACAAAAAUACUAUGUGCAUAGAAAUAGAUGGGCACUUUUAUAAAUGGACUAUUAUUGGAAUUAACGAGUUCACUAAUAGAAGAGGAAGAAUGUCAAUUGUUGUAAAGCCGGAAAAUAUGAAUACAGGAUCUAUUUUAUACGUAAAAGGUUCUGAUGCUUCUGUUUUACCUUUAUUAAAUUUAAAAUAUAGCAGAUUUUUAGAAAGAAGAAAGAAUAAAAGGAAGAAAAAAAGAGAAAAUAAAAUUAAGCUAAAAAAUAAAAAUUCCAGAAUAGAAGAAUCAGAAAAAACUAAAUCUUCAAGUCUUAAAAAUAUAAAAAACUUUUCCUUAAAAUCCAGGAUGAAUGAAAAUAAAGAAUAUGAUAAUCAGAAAAUUAAUUAUAAUUAUUCAGAUGAGUUCGGUAUAAGAAAGGAUUAUGAUGAUGUAAAUAAUAAUAUAGAAAAAGAUUUCUAUACAAAAACUGAGCAUUAUAAAAUGAAGGAAAGGUAUAGAGAAUUAGAAAAGCAGUUAAGAAAAUUUUCUGUGCAAGGAUUAAGAUCAAUGGUAUUCGCAUUUAAAUAUCUAAACGAAGAAGAAACUAUUAAAUAUAAAAGAAUGUAUGAUGACUCCUGCUUAUCUAUUUAUAAUAGAGAGCAAAGAUUAGAGGAUGUUGCUGAAGAAGUAGAGAAUGAUUUAAUUUAUUUAGGUAUAACAGGGAUUAAAGAUAGAUUACAAAAAAAAGUAACUAAAACAGUAGAAAUAUUAAAUCAAUCUGGUAUUAGAAUAUGGAUGUUAACAGGAGAUAAUGUAGAAUAUUCUUUACAUAUAGCAUUUUUAUGCAAGUUUUUAAAUCCCCAUACGAAAAUAUUCCAUGCUGUGUUAGAUAAUAGUAACAGCAAAAAAUUAAAAAGAGAAGGAAUGGCAUUGUAUGAGUUAUUUCAUAUGGAAAAAGAAGAGAAAAAACCUCAUGAAAAUUUAUGUUUAUUAAUAACUGGAAAAAAUUUGCAAACUUUUUUAAAUCAUAGUGAUUUACAAACUCAUUUUUUAAAUAUGGCAUGUAGUUCUGAUGUGGUUAUAGCUUGCCGAAUAACAGCAAAACAAAAGGCAUUCAUAGUUCGAUUAAUAAAAAAUCGACUAUAUCCAACACCAAAUACAUUAGCUAUAGGAGAUGGAGCAAAUGAUAUUGCUAUGAUUCAAGAAGCUAACAUAGGAAUAAGUAUAAUGACUUCUAAAUGUAUUAUAUCAGCAGGAUAUUCAGAUUAUUGCAUAAAGAAGUUUUGUUACUUAAGAAAAUUACUAUUUAUAUAUGGUUCUAAACAUUUAUAUACUAUAAGUAUAAUUUUAUAUUGGAAUUUUUUCAAAAAUAUAACUGUUGUUUUACCUAUUUUUUUUUAUCAAGCUUAUGCUUCCUGGAGCUGUAUACAGAUAUACCCUGACUUAUAUACAUUAUUUAAUAUUUUUUGGGUAUUUAUACCUAUUAUAUAUUAUAUUUUCUUACAGCAUAAUUUAAAUUAUGAUAUAUUAUAUAAUAUUCCUUUAUUUUAUGCAUUGAGUAGAAGAAAGUAUAAUAUGAAUAGCCUAAAAUUUUUACCAUGGAUAGUUGAAGCCAUAUUUUAUUCUAUGGUUGUAUUUUUUUUUGCAUAUGCAGCACUUAAAGAAAGUUCUCAUUUGUACAAUGGAGAAGUUAUUACAAUAAAUACAUAUGGUACCGUUUGCUUUUUGGGGAGUUUAUUGAUUUCUAUUCUUCGUCUUUUUUUGGAAGGAUCUUUGUGGUCACCUUCUAUUGUUAUUACUUUAUUUGGUGGUUUUCUUUUUGUUUUUUUCCCAUCAAUAAUUUUUAUUUGUAUUGCUUAUGCUUCUAAUGAAUAUAUAAGGGAGAUAUUUAGACAAGCUUUUUUGUGGGGGCCAUUAUAUAUUCUCUUAAUUCUUUGGUUUACUACAUGCAUUAUUUCUUAUAUUUUUAUUAAUUUUACGAAAGCUAUAUUUUUUCCUAAUAUUUAUAAUGUUGUUAAUCAUUGGUUAUAUGAGCAAUAUCAAGAGAAGCAUAAUAAAUAUAAAUAUGUAUUUUUCCCAUCGAGUAAAAGAAAAUUAUUAAAGAAAUUUGGUAAAAAAUUUAAAUGUAAAUUUAUAAGGAAAAAAAAUAAAGAGUAUCAUCUUAAAAUUACAAGAAAACAUACUUCUCUAGAAAGCGCUUUUAAAAAAAGCACUAAAUAUUAUAAUAAAGAUCAACAAUCUUUUAAAAGCACAUCUUUUUCAAAAUGGUUUAAUCAAUCAAAAAAUUCAAGGAUUAGCGACAUAAAUAAAUCCAGUGUUGAUUUAGAAUAUAAAAAUGAUUUAGAUGAAGAACAAAAACCUAAAGGAGCAAAAUUUAUUUUAUCAGAACAAGCUUCUCAUUCUAUGGAAAAGUCAAUAUAUAUGAAAGAACUAAAUAAUAAAGAAAAAAUAGUUAAUAAUGAAAAAGUUACAGACAAAGAAAAAAGGAUUAAAAAGCAAGAAAUAGGGGAAAAAAUUACACAAGAGAAAAAAAGACAUUUAAAAAAAGCAUAUACAGUAGAUAAAGAAAGAAGAAAAAUGAAAGAAUACACAAAAGAUGAAGGAAAAAAAGAUGUGAAAAAUGAAAGAGAUAAAAAUAAAGAUAGAAAAAAUAAGAGCGAUCACAGAAAAGGUAAAAAAAAUGAAAGAGAUAAAAGUAAAGAUAUAAAAAAUACUAUGAAAAAAGAUGAAAAGAUAAAAGGAGACAUGCAAAAUAUAGAAAAAAAGAAAGAAAAUGAGAAUGAAAAAAUAAUUAGUUGUAUGGCAUCUAGAAGAAAUCAAAGUAAUACUGGCUUAUUAAAUAAGAAUAACAUCUUUAAUAAAGAUGAUGAAAACAAAUAUAUUAAAAGUGAGGAAAAAAGCUUAGUUAAUAGUUCCAUAACAGAAUAUAAGACUGAUUUAAAAGAUAAUGAUGAAAUUUUUAAUGAAAAAGAUUAUUGUAUGAAUGAUAAUUUUAGUAAUAUUUCUAGAAUUAAAGAUAUUAAAGAAUCAAAUUCUAGAAUUGACGAUUCUUUAAUGAUUGAAAUGAAGAACUGCUUAAACCCAUUAAAAAAUACUUUUUUAGUAGAUUUAUUACCUCAGGGAAAAAGAUUUAGAAUUAAUGAUGAACAUAUAUUUUUUAAAAAUAAUGAACGUAUGGAAAAUAUACCUGAUGCAUUAUAUGUUAAUACAAGAAAUUAUCACAUAAUACAAAAUAGAUCUGAAUUUUAUGAUAAUGAAUCUCUUUCUGAAUUUUCCUAUACCAGUGCUGAAAGCUCAAAUAAUAAUAAAAAGAAAAAUGAAAAUACACAAAAAGAAAUCGUUAAGGUUAGUCAUUUAAUUAACAGGUUUACAUUAGCAUUUAAAGAUAUGCAGUUAGAAUCAGGGUUUCAAAUACAUAAGAAAAAUAAGUUUUACAAAACUUUCAUACCUUGGUAUCGCUUUAUUUUUAUCUUAUUAGGAGUUUUUUUUUUGUAUGUAUGGAAAUUAGAAUCUACUUUAAGUGAAACAUGGAAUAUAUCAUCUGAUGCAUCUACUGAUUUAUUUAUAUUAAUUUUAUCUUUAUUAUUAGAAGUAGUUUUAUUAUCUGCAACAGUUACGACUUUUUUUCCUCAUAUUUUUAUAGAAAACUUUAACAAAAUUAUUAGUGCAGUGGUAAUAUUAAUAAUAACUCAUCAUGUUGUGAGUUAUUCAAUAACACACAUAGAUGGAGUUUUUCAAGCCGUGUUGUUUCCAUUAUAUACAUUUGUUAUUUUAAGAUUACCUUUUGUUAAUGCGGUGUUAUGUAAUAUUAUUUUUUUAAGUCUUUUCAUUAUUAGAUAUAAAGGAGAUCACUUUUUAGAUAAAAAGGGUUUAGCUCACUAUAUUCCUUUAUUUAUUGGUGUUGAUGUUUUUGUUGGUUUUGUAGGAUAUCGACUUGAAUAUAAUCAAAGAAAGAAUUUUUUAUUAGAAUAUUCAGUAGAGUCAUCUAGAAGAAAACAAAGAGAAAUAUUAAAUACUAUGCUUCCUCCUUUUGUUGUUGAUGAAAUGAUAUAUUCAGAUUUAAAUGAAGAAGGUAUACCUGUUUCAUUAAAAGCAGAAGAAAUUAACACAGUUAGCAUUAUAUUUUGUGAUAUACAUGACUUUCAAAACAUUGUUGCAAGCAUUGAGCCUACUAGACUUGUAGAAGUAUUGGAUAGGCUGUUUUUAUGUUUUGAUAAAUGUACAGAGCAAUUUAAUUGUACAAAAAUUGAAACCGUUUUUGAAACAUAUUUAGCUGCAUGUGGUUUAGUAAAAAAGGAGGAUAAUUCUAAUAAAGAUGAUAAAGGCCAAGAAGAUGCUCAUGAUUCCAUUGAUUUUGCUUUAUCUAUUCUUCAGGUAAGUAGUCAUAUUAAAUAUGAAAAAACAAAGCAUAUGUUAAAGAAAAUUGAUUCUUAUGAGUAUAGUGAUAUUAAAAACCAAGAUAAUAACAAUGAUUUAAACGAUGUAAAUAAAGGAAAAGGAUCAGAUAGUAGGCCAACAAGGAUUAGGGUUAAAAUAGGUAUUCAUUCAGGAAGGAUUAUUGCUGGAGUUGUUGGUUCUAAGAAGCCCCAAUAUGCUCUUUUUGGUGAUACUGUUAAUACUGCAUCAAGAAUGAAAACUACUGGAAAACCAGACUACAUUCAUAUGUCAGAAGCAACAUAUAAUUUAGUUAAAGAUGAUAAAACAUUAAUAUAUGAAAAAAAGGAAACAGAAAUUAAAGGAAAAGGAACUAUGACUACCUACUUAUUAACAUCUGUUAUUGGACUAAACUAUCCAUUUUUGGGAGAAAAUGUAGAAAGUAAGAAUCUAUUUUUAUCUGAUUUUUAUGAAGAUAAUGACUUAAGUAGUAAAUUAAAUUAUGACAAAACUCAAAAUAUUUUAGGUUACUAUUCCAAUAGAAAAAGUCAAAAUAAUGAGUAUAAUUUAAAUGAUACCAUUAAUAAUAAUGAUGUGUGCAAUUAUGAUGCUUCCAAUAAUGAAACAAAUAAUGGUUAUAUAAAUCUUAAAGAUUUAUCAUUACAUGAUCUUCCUAAUGAAUAUAUAAAAGAUGUUAAUACUCAUUACUAUGAAAUUAUAAAACUGAGGAAACUUAAAAUUGGUACAGCAGUAGGCUAUCAACUAAAACAAAAGGAUUUCUUUAAUAUGAGCUUUUUAAAUUCUGGACUAAAUAAUGAUUCUACAACAAAUUUUAAUCAAUGUCUUGAAAAUACAAAGGGCUUUGAUGAAAUAAAAGAUUUAGAAGUUGGCAUAAAUAAAUUAUCAUUAAAUGAUUCUAUUUAUUAUUUGAAUGAAAACUUGAUCAAAAAAGAUGGUGAAAAUGAAAAAAAAAUAGAGGAUCAGGAGGAAAUAGAAAAUAAUAAUAGAAAAAAUAUUAGUAAUCUUCUAUAUUUGAGAAAAGAACUUCAUGAUAAUAAUGAAGAAUAUUAUAAAAAUAUUUAUCUUUGUACUCAGAAGUGUAACAAUUGUAGCGAAAGCUAUUGCACUCCAAAUAAUUGUGUUAACUAUAAUCAUGCAAACCAUGUAAAUUAUCAUAAAAAGUUAAGUAAUAUAAGAAGAAAUUAUUUAAAAGAUAAAAGAAAGGAUGCUAAAAAAGAAGAUGAAGGAAAAAAUGAAAAUUCUAAGAAAAAGAUAUUUAACUUCUCAAAAAUUUUACUGUAUUUUUCAAAUAUAUAUGCUUAUUUUAAGAAGGAUAAUAAAAAAAAUGAUAAUUUAUAUAGAAGAGAUAAUAAAAAAAAAACAAAAAGCUUAAUUGGAUUAAAUAGUGAAUGGUUAUUUUUGAAAUUUAGUGAUAAAAAUUUAGAGGCUAAAUAUAGAGCACAUUUUUAUAGUAACAAAUCAAAUAUAAAUACAAUUGAGCAAGCACUUAUAAUUUUUUUGGUUACUUUUGUAAUGCAAACGUUAAUUUCAAGUACGGUUUCUAUAGUAUUUGUUGAUCAUAAAAGGACAACACAAACAUUGCAAAUUAAUUAUUUUGCAUAUUGGUCAGUAAGAUCUGUUUAUACCUUUUUUGGAUUUAUGCUUUGGUUAUUAUUUCAUUAUAGAACUAGGCCGGAAGUUUCCUCUCUAUUAAACAUUAAAUGGAUGAUAUUUUUCUUAAAUUUAUUAUUUAUAUCAGCAGCAUGUGUUUUUUCUAUAGCAUAUUUAUGGGCCAUAUCAGAAGCAGAUCAAACAUCUUCUUAUACUAUUUGGAUGACAAAUGAUACUAUUGAAUUUUUUUUUUAUUUAGUUAUAUUGCAUCAUAAUACAGGAAUGUUAUUUCAAACAUGCAUAUUAGUUGAUUUGUUAUUUAUUACAAUGUCUUUAACAUUUAUAGCAACAAGUGUUGUUACAACAAUAACGACUGAUUCAACAGUUCUAUUAAUACCGUGGUAUGUCGCAUUUAAUUUAAUAUCAACUUACUGUAAAGAAUCAAUUGAUAGAAGAACUUUUUAUGCCAAUGAAAGUGCAAAGAGGACAGAAAAUAGGGCAACGGAACUAUUAAAUGAUAUGCUUCCUAAACAUGUAUUAGAAGAAUUUCAGCAAGAUAAAUUAAAAUUGGCAUAUACACAUGAUAGGUUAACAUUUCUGUUCGCUGAUAUAUGUGGUUUUACAUCAUGGGCAAAUGGAGUUGAUGCAUCUGAAGUUUUAACAUUGUUACAAAAGCUGUUUGCAAAAUUUGAUAACGAUAGUACAAAAUAUGGUUUAUAUAAAUUAUGUACAAUAGGUGAUGCUUACGUAGCAAUAAGUGAACCAGUAACUGAAGAUAAUCAAGAUUAUGAUCCUGCUGAUGGUACUGAAAGAGUUUUAGAAAUGGCUUAUUCAAUGAUAAGGAUUAUUAAGGAAAUAAGAGAAAAAUUAUAUAUUCCUAAUUUAAAUAUGAGAAUAGGAUUACAUUAUGGUUCAUGUGUAGGAGGUGUCAUUGGGUCUGGCCGUCUGAGAUAUGAUCUCUGGGGAAUUGAUGUAUUAACAGGUAAUCUCAUGGAAAGUAAUGGAAUUCCAGGUAAAAUUAAUGUUUCGGAAACGCUUAAAAAUUUUUUGUUACAACAAUUUAAAAAUAGAUUUACUUUUAAACCACACACAACAGUUAGAGUCAUUUACAAAGAUGUUAAUUGCUUUAUUAUCUCUGAUAAAAAAGAAGUUGAUUCAUCUAAUAAUUCCAAAAUUUCACAUAAUAGAAACUAUAUACUUAAUAAAAAACUUAAAAGACAACACUUUUUAGGAGCCCAUCAUUUUGAAAAUAGAAAAUUUGGUGCUUUAACAAGAGCUCAUAAUAUAAAUGCCUUACAUAAUAAAAAAUCAUCUAAUAAAGAUUUGUAUUAUGUUAACGUUGAUAAUAUGGAAUCAGAUUUAUAA